AUGUCCGCUGAUCAUUCUAGAGAUCCAUGUCCAAUUGUUAUUUUAAAUGAUUUUGGUGGUGCCUUCGCUAUGGGUGCUAUCGGUGGUGUCGUAUGGCACGGUAUCAAAGGUUUCAGAAACUCACCUAUUGGUGAAAGAGGUCAAGGUUCAUUGAAUGCAAUUAAAGCUCGUGCUCCUGUACUUGGUGGUAAUUUUGGUGUCUGGGGUGGCCUUUUUUCUACUUUUGACUGUGGUGUUAAAGCUAUUAGGAAAAGAGAAGAUCCAUGGAAUGCAAUUAUUGCUGGGUUUUUUACUGGUGGUGCCCUUGCUAUUAGAGGUGGUUGGAGACAUACAAGAAAUAGUGCUAUCACAUGCGCUUGUUUGCUAGGUGUUAUUGAAGGUGUUGGUUUGAUGUUCCAAAGAUAUGCAGCUUGGCAAGCUAAACCAAUGGCUCCUCCCUUACCGGAAUCUACAUCAAGCCAACCUCUACAAGCUUGA